GCAUGUUACAAUCUGUUUUUUUGUGUAUCCUCUAGGCCGGCAAUGCCGGCGAUACAAACACAGCAUCUUCAGCAUCCUCCGUCCUACGGGAAAAUUCUAAUCCAUAGUUCAACAUCAUCCCAUUAUUUUACAUCGACCUCUGAUACAAUCAACAUAAACUCCAAAUCUGAGCUACUUCUCGUGUCGCCUACAUCUGUCCUUUCAAGGCCCAUGCCCUAUUGACAGGCCGGCCGUGCGCCUAACUGAUAGACAAAAUAACAAGAAGCGCCUGUGUGUGAACUGUGCAGUAAAGGACAACUGACCAAGUUGAGAGUUCAUAGUUACUAUUUACAUAAGCAAGCAUAGGAAAAUCCUUUUCAGCUCCUUGCCUCUCCUUCCUCCCUUCUCCCUCUCUCUCUCCAGUUUUCUCACCACCAACCAUGAGAUCAAGGAGCACAACUACUUGGUUUUUGGCUCUCCUCCACUUAAUCGUGUUUUGCAAUAUCACCGGUGUCAGUUCUCUGUCCUUCAAGCUGAACUUCACUGAGUCAAACAGCAACGGAGCAGCCACGAUCCAGUUACAGGAGGAUGCCUUCUACAACAAGGCGGUCAGGCUUACCAAGGAAGAGCUGGACGGGCAGAUCGCUCACAGUGUGGGCCGAGCAGUCUUGGCAGAUCCGGUGACCCUCUGGGAUAGCAGCACUGGUGAGUUAGCUGACUUCACAACCCGCUUCACAUUCAUGAUAAAGGCCCGUGUUGCAGAUGGCUCGUACGGCGAGGGCCUCGCCUUCUUCCUCUCACCGUACCCUUCAGUUGUCCCCAAAAAUUCCGAGGAUGGUAACCUUGGCCUCUUCGGUAGUAGCAGCGCCGAUCAGAGUAGUGAGACAUCCAACCAGAUCGUGGCCGUCGAGUUUGACAGCCACAAGAACCCAUGGGAUCCGGACGACAACCACGUAGGCAUCAACAUCCAUUCCAUCGUGUCCGUGGAUAACGUCACAUGGAGAAGCAGCAUCAAGGAUGGGAAGAUGGCCAACGCAUGGGUGACUUACCAGGCCAGCUCCAGGAACCUGAGCGUCUUCCUGACGUACAAGGACAGCCCACAGUUCAGCGGCAACUCCUCCCUAUCUUAUUCAGUUGAUCUCAGAAGGUACCUCCCGGAAAAAGUGGCCAUCGGCUUCUCAGCUGCCACUGGCCAGCUGGUAGAGGCCCAUCAGAUACUUUACUGGGAGUUCAGUUGCACGGAUGUGCGGGUGGUGAAGAGCAAGAAGGCGAAAAGUUUAUUAGUCAUAAGCUUGACUACUAGUGUUAGUGGCAUUGUCUGUUCUAUGGGUUUGGUUUGGUGCUUCAUGAGUUUGAAGACGAAGCAUACUAGAAGGGCAAGAAAGGAUCAAGGGAAGCAAGAAUACGACGAGUCUAUUGACGGCGAGUUCGAGAAAGGGAGGGGCCCAAGAAGAUUUCGAUACGACGAGCUCGUGUCUGCUACGAAGAACUUCGCUUUGGAGAGAAAGCUCGGAGAAGGAGGCUUCGGAGCCGUUUACAAGGGUUCCCUGAAGGACCCGAACCUCACCGUCGCCAUAAAGCGAGUCGCCAAAGGAUCGACGCAGGGGAAGAAGGAGUACAUCUCUGAGGUGAAGAUCAUCAGCCGGCUGAGGCACAGGAACCUCGUGCAGCUCGUGGGCUGGUGCCAUGAGCGUGGGGAGUUCUUGCUCGUGUACGAGUUCAUGCCGAACAGGAGCUUGAACACGCACCUCUACGACAGCAGCAACCUGCUAGCGUGGCCGCUGCGGUUCAAGAUCACCGUCGGCGUCGCGUCUGCACUCCUGUACCUCCACGAGGAGUGGGAGCAAUGCGUCGUGCACCGCGACGUGAAGCCAAGCAACGUGAUGCUGGACUCAUCGUUCAACGCUAAGCUUGGGGACUUCGGGCUGGCACGACUCGUAGACCACGACCGAGGCUCGCAGACUACGGUGAUAGCUGGCACGAUGGGGUACCUGGCUCCAGAGUGCGUCACCACGGGCAAGGCAAGCAAAGAGUCCGACGUGUACAGCCUGGGUGUUCUCGCACUGGAGGUUGCCUGCGGAAGAAGGCCUGUCGUGCUGAAGGAAGACGACGACAAGAUCAACCUAGUCGAAUGGGUGUGGCGUCUCUACGGAAGGAACGAGAUCCUUACCGCCGUUGACGGGAGGCUCGACGGCGCGCUGGACGAGCGUGAAGCCGUGCGCCUGAUGGUUGUGGGGCUCUGGUGUGCGCACCCAGACUACAGUCUCCGGCCUUGUGUCCGCCAGGUCAUAAGCGUGCUCAAGUUCGAGGCGCCGCUGCCAAGCCUUCCACCGACGAUGCCUGUGGCGGUGUACUUCGCGCCCCCGAUCCAUCUCUGCAGGUUCUCCUACACCUCCUCUGAUGACGGAACGCUGAUGAAGGAGCUGGAAGGGUCCGGCGUCUACGCGAAGACGACGACGACGAUCUCAUCCAGCGCAACCAACGCUUCUAGUUCACCUCCCUCUGUUCGUUUACCACAAAUGGGUUACUAGGCCUGUCAACCUCCCUUUUGCUAUAUAUAUAUCCUGAUGAAUAUGUUUGCUUGUGUUCUGUGUGCCGAUGGUAUUUGAGAGGCACCUAAUUAAUGUAACAGCCACAACAAAAUACUUUUUAUUGACUUUUUUAUCAGGAUUUUUAGAACUGCUUGUGUAUAGUAUAAGCUGUCAAGGAUCGGACAUAAAAGUAUUAUGUAUUGAAAUGCUCUUGGAAA